AUGUCGGGAAGCGAGUACGGCGACCGCAACGUACUAUUGCGCUCCAAUUCCUCGGCUUCGGAAGACGAUUUAGAAGCUCAGCCAACUCCCCGGAGCGGUAACAAAGGCAUUAAAGAUCUAUUAAAGCGUUUGGAUGGAGGCUUUUCUAAUCGCAGAUUUAUUAGUUUUAAUCGGCGGUCUUUCGACGGUAACCGCCACCACCAGCUACAGCAGAAUUCGGUUCACUCUCAUUCGCAUUCGGAUCCCGGUGUAAGUGGUGAUGCCGGUGAUGAGGAAAUGCUAGGCGAUUUCGCUCCGCCUGAGUGGGCGUUGCUGCUUAUUGGAUGCCUUCUUGGUUUAGCUACUGGUCUUUGUGUUGCCGCCUUUAACCGUGGGGUGCAUGUGAUUCAUGAGUGGGCAUGGGCUGGCACUCCUAAUGAGGGUGCUGCAUGGCUACGUUUACAGAGGCUAGCUGAUACUUGGCAUCGAAUACUAUUGAUACCGGUCUUGGGUGGAGUAAUUGUUGGCAUGCUGCAUGGUUUACUUGACAUAUUGGGUCAAAUACAGCAGUCCACUUCUCAGGGACAGGGAUUUGAUGUUCUUGCUGGAAUAUUCCCGACAGUAAAAGCCCUCCAAGCAGCCAUAACUUUGGGCACUGGGUGUUCUUUAGGUCCUGAAGGCCCCAGCGUAGAUAUUGGAAAAUCAUGUGCUUAUGGUUGCUCAGUAAUGAUGGAGAACAACAAGGAAAGGAGAAUAGCUCUUGUAGCUGCUGGUGCUGCCGCUGGAAUCUCUUCAGGUUUCAAUGCACCAGUUGCAGGCUGUUUCUUUGCUAUUGAAACUGUUUUAAGGCCUCUUCGUGCAGAAAAUUCUCCUCCAUUUACAACUGCAAUGAUAAUCUUGGCGUCUGUUAUCUCAUCCACGGUAUCAAAUGCUGUUCUUGGAGAGAAACAAGCUUUCACAGUGCCCACGUAUGAAUUGAAAUCUGCUGCUGAGCUACCAUUAUACCUUAUAUUGGGAAUGCUUUGUGGAGUAGUAAGUGUGGCUCUCACUUACUUGGUUGCUUGGUUCACUAAAGCAUUUCAGUUCAUGAAAGAUAGAUUUGGAAUCCCUGAUGUCGUUUGCCCUGCUAUUGGAGGUUUGGGAGCUGGGAUUAUAGCUCUUAGAUACCCUGGAAUACUUUAUUGGGGUUUCACUAAUGUUGAUGAAAUUCUGCAUACUGGGAAGACUGCUUCAGCACCUGGUAUUUGGCUUUUAGCACAAUUAUCUGCUGCAAAAGUUGUGGCAACUGCUCUUUGUAAAGGUUCUCACCUUGUUGGUGGCUUGUAUGCGCCAAGCUUAAUGAUCGGUGCAGCUGUGGGUGCUGUUUUUGGAGGUUCUGCUGGGGAGCUAAUCAAUUCAGCUAUGCCAGGAAAUGCUGCUAUUGCCCAGUCACAGGCAUAUGCAUUGGUUGGAAUGGCUGCUACACUAGCUUCAGUUUGUUCAGUGCCUUUGACUUCAAUUCUUCUACUGUUUGAAUUGACAAAAGAUUACCGAAUAUUGCUUCCUCUCAUGGGGGCCGUUGGAUUGGCUAUAUGGGUGCCCUCUGUGACAAAUGAAUCUAAAGACACAGAGCUAUCAGAUUCAAAGUCUUCGGCAAGAAAUUAUUCAGUUAUCUCACCUAAUGAAGACAAAAAUGAGGAAGGAAGUUGGGGGCAAACUGACGAAGGAAAAGAAAUGGAACUUUCUGUUGUUGGAAAUCCCAGUAAUUGUGCUGGAAUGGAUGGUGAAUUUCUUCUGGAGGAUCUGAAGGUAUCUCAGGCUAUGUCAAAUGACUUUCCGAAGGUCCCUCCGAACCAAACUAUUAAAGAAGCUUUGAAAUGUAUGUACGAUGGUCAGCAGAAUUGUGUCCUUAUUGUUGAUGCUGAAAAUUAUUUGGAAGGAAUUUUAACUUACGGUGACAUUAAGCGGUUUCUCUUCAAGAAUUCUGGUGAUGCUUCCAACAGUAAUUCAUCACUUCAAGAUGUGAAUACAUGUUCAGUUUCUUCUAUAUGCACCCGAGGAAUAAGCUACCGUGGAAGGCAUUGUGGACUUCUAACCUGUUAUCCAGAUACUGACCUGUCAAUAGCAAAGCAGCUAAUGGAGGCCAAGGGAAUUAAGCAACUGCCUGUGGUCAAACGUGGAUCAGACUUCCAGAAAGAAAGAAAGCGGAGAGUUCUUGCUGUUCUUUUGUACGAUUCAAUCCAAAAUGCUCUCAGAGAUGAGAUAGAUCGGCGGAGAUCAGUUGGUCAGCAGAGACUAGAAAACAAUCAGUGAUUGGAAAUGGCCAACUAUUGAUGACAUGGUCCUGAUGGCUGUUAGAGCUUGUUCCGCCAAAUGCCCAGGUGCAACUCAAGAUACAGGAGCCUAUUUUCUUUUUGAGUUUUGGCUUCAGACGGCUUCAUCUCGGGACAAUUGAGUCUGGUUGUCCUUUAAUGGAUGUGUCCAGAAAUGUAAUUGUAUUACGAAUUAAAAGCAUAAAAUACAAGUUGAUCGUCACUGUUUGGAAGACAGGAAGGCAUAUAAAAAGAUUCUGAUGCAAAUUAUACUGCUA